AUGGCAGGCGACGUCCCAGUGGCAUCAGGAACAUUGGAGAGAAGUCUGUUGCGUCCAAUGCAUUCACUAGAUGUAGGGAAAACCUCCGUUCAGGAAGAACGCUCUUCAAACCGCACACCAGUCUCACAGACACUGUCCAGUUCUGCAACUGAAACGGUGGCAACUUACAUAGCCAAUAUAUGGCGUCCAACAGCCAAUCCAGUUCCACAAGUGGCAAUUGUGACAAAAACUCCACAGAUUAUCGCAACGCAACAAAAAAAGACAUCCCUAUUUCGUAGCAAAAAUCCUUCCCGCAAACUUCCAGCACCGGAUCCUGGAUCCCUCACAAUAUGCAGCCAUAGCCACAAUAUUCCCUGA